GCUGUCUGCGCGAGCGUCUGCUGCUACACACGGGCUGCGGAGGCGCGCGCGCUCACGGCAAGGAUGCAUUAGUGUUUGCACAGGUAGUUCCGUUGGUGAAAACAGGUACAUCAGGCCGAGCUCAUAGCUACUGAAACCCCAAGUGAGACUGCAGAGCGUCUACAGCGAUGAGCAUACAUACGCAGACGAGUGAAUGACACCCUGGAUUAGACCGUGAUAGGUCUACAGCGACAGGCAGAAGUAGGGGCUGACGAAACAUCGGAGUGCAUGAGGAGCGGCAGCGAGUUGACCACACACUCCAUUUACAGGUGACUCAAAUAUGGACAGCGUAAGCAGAGGGAGAGAGAAGGAUUGAUCGACUCUGCUACUGAACGAUAGCUUUAUGUGAUGGCGUCCAUGGGCAAAAACGAAUCGGACAGGUACGCUUAACAGACGGAAAAAGAAGGAGGAAGCAGUCAGUGGUACCAGUGGUGUGUGAGAGAAACUGAUGAAUAUGGUGAUGGAAUGGUCCCAUUCCAGACAUGCAGCUUUUCCAUGCGACUGUGCUGCAUAUAAAUGGUCACCGUGGACUCUCGUUGCAUCAGGACUUAAGCCCAAGCAGAGUUAACCAUAAACAGACAUGGCUAAAAGAGACUACCUGGUGGAUGCAGCCAAGCAGAUCCGCAUGGCUCUGGACAGGGAAGUCAAUGAGGACUACGAAGCUGCAUUUAGCUACUAUAAGAAUGGUGUGGACCUGCUGCUGAACGGAGUUCAAGUGGAUCCAAAUAAAGAGAGACGAGAGGCCGUGAAGCGGAAAACCACCCAGUAUCUCAAGAGAGCGGAAGAGAUCUUUAACUCUCAUCUACAGUACAACUUCUGCAAAGAUACCAAACAAUUAGGGGGUUACAGCAGCCUAAGAUUCAGGUCCAUCAGACAUCUGAGUUCACCCGUGGAGGACCUGGAGAUGUGUAAAGUGGUGGGAAUUAUUGAUAAGGUUCUGGUUGUUCAAAACCUGAUUAGCAAGGAGACGUUCGUGAUUAAGAGCUUGCCUAAGUCCAGCUGGGAGAAUCGAGAGCGUUCCACCAUCAUCCCUCAGGGUGUCCCAUUUAUGGUGAAGUUACUGAGGUACUACGUCAGCGAGGACUCUGUGUUCCUGCAUCUAGAACAUGUUCAAGGUGGAAAGCUUUUCUCCAAACUGCACCGGAUCAGACGUGAGGUAGCCAGAGAACAUCCAGACUGCUCCACUCCCAACCAGCACAAAUUCCAGCUAAAAAACAGCUAUACCUCACCUGCUCUCACCAACCUGUACCACCUGAAUGGAGAGCACAACCAGGGAACGUGCAUAUUUCCUGUGAGAGAGAGUUUUGAAAGCCUAGAAUCGGACCCACUGUCUUUUUACAAUGAUACCGAGCAUGAUUUUGACAGCUAUGGCACACACUCGUACUGUGAGGAAACAGGAUGUCUGCAGAAUUCCCGCUCGGAAAAGGCUGAAUUCCAGCAAAAGCAAUCCUCUAACCCUUAUGCAAUAAGGACAGGUUCGUUAUCCAGUGUUAGUCCUGGCGGUCAGCAUCUCAUUUCUCAGGAACGUUUCCCACUUCCUGUUCAUCCGUGUGUCAUUGUGGAUACUCGAGAUCCACUCAGUGUCACGACGGAUCUUUUAGGAAAUGACGUCCAUAUCGAGCGGAUUGACUCGAGCUUAGAUUUCGAUAAAGUAUGGACAGCUGUGCCAGCUCAGGAACAGUGUUUAACAGGAAGCAGGUCAAAUCUAGACAUUCUUGGAAUUAAUAGUGCACCUCAGAUCACACUGAGCUCUUUAUUUGACACCACACAGCCAACCCUGUGUAGCACAGUCAACAUCCUUCCACAGAAAGUCCGUAUAGUUCCCAACACCAUGCCUUUAUUCUCACAAAACCAAAAACAAGAUGACAUUCCUCACAAAAACGCAAGCACUUCUGAGAGUUCCCAGUAUAUGACUAGCUCAAGCUCAGGAAAUUCUCAAGCAGGCACAGAGCACUGCAAUGGAACUACUGUGGAAAGCAAACCUUCGAGACCUUUAGCCUUAGACUUAAGUACUACAGCUCCUCAGGUGAACAAUACAUAUAAAGAUGUGGAACAAGAGUCUGUGGAGGUUGGAGAUGAGAACUGGGAACUCCUUAGCCCACCAUACUCAGAUAAAGGACAGGAUCCGUUCUUCAGUCCUCAAGGGGAGCAGCUUUGCGAAGUCGAUGGCUGGUGCCACUUGCGUCAGUUUGGAGCGAGGAGUCGGAGUGUGAAGCAACGGCCCGGUCGACGCGGCCUUCCUGAAGAAGAGGUACGAAUUUGGGGAGCACAGAUCUUAUUGGCUCUUGAGAGUCUUCAUGAGCAAGGCAUUUUGUGCCAGGACCUCAACCCCAGGAACAUCCUUCUCAAUAGCAAUGGGAACGUGUGCCUGACUUACUUCGGACAGUGGACAGAGGUUCAGUCAGAAAUUAGUGCCAGAGCUAUGGACGAAAUGUACUGUGCACCAGAGAUUGGGGGUGUAUCCAAAAUCACAGAGGCAUGUGACUGGUGGAGUCUAGGAGCUUUACUGUUUGAACUUCUAACUGGAAUGCCCCUGUGGCAGUGUCAUCCUACAGGUGUGCAUCCACAUACACAGCUGCGUAUCCCAGACCACCUGAGCACUCCAGCCGCCUCGUUGCUCACAGAGCUCCUUCAGUAUGAUGCUGGCUACCGCCUGGGAUCUGGAGGAGGAGGCGUGAGUGACAUUAAGUAUCACCCUUUUUUUAGCUCCGUUCCUUGGAACACACUGGCCAGUUAACGGGAGCGGCCGGCACAUCUGAUGAUUCUGAACACCAAACACCAGUGGUUAUGAGAAGUCUAAGCUCAAGGAAAUGCCUUUACUGCCCCCUGGUGGUGUAUGAUACAAGAAGCAUGAGUAUCUCCAAACCAUCAGCUGAACACUAAACAAAUGAAUAAAUAAACAAUUUAAUUACACCGAUUUACAUUUACAGUGGUUCUGUCUUAAAAAUAAUCACAUUUUUUAGUCAUUUCUUUGGUUAGGAAAGGAAUUAAUUACAGGACCUUACAGCACAUGUAUUAGAUUGUUGUAAGCAUAAACCGACAUCUCAGGCGUUAAAUUAUUGCUGCACCUCUGUAUGAAUGAUGUACAAGUGAUAUGCAAUACUAGCAUUACAUUUAACCCUGUUUAUCGAGCAUGCAAUUUAAUAUUAGUCCAUUUUGCCAGUAUAGAUUUAAAUCAAAUUUUGGACAAAGUCAUGUCAUACAUUUGUGCCUCAAAUGAUUACGAUCUACAUUGAUUUUUUUUCUACCUACAUUUUUAACCAAAGCAAAAAAAAUAAAAUAAUAAA